GCUGCUCGUAUGGUGCACUGAACUAAAAAAGCUACCCACUCGUAAAAUUGUUGAUCAUUCCUCUAAUUUCAUUUCAACUUCAGAAGGGACAAGUUGGGAAUAAAAUUAGCCAAAAUUCUCGGAAAUUCUCAGAAAUCUCUAUAAUCCUGAUGGGUAGGACUUUCCGAUCCGAUCUAGUUUCUAGAAUACAUUUUAAACAACUUAUAUAAAUCUGCGAAGUGAAGUACAUAUGUAGAACUUGUCGAAGAAGAAUAGUUGAUAAAUAAUAUAAAGAGUUGACCAGAGUGAGACGGAUUCAUUGACAAACUGGUCGAACUUGGGAAAGGUUGACCUGCGUUAUGUACGUAGUACCACAUUCUGCUGUGCAUAGUCGAGCUAUCUGGUCACAUAUCUGAAUAUAUGUACAUACAUAAUUGAAGAUAGUAAUCUUCUCGUGGUUUACUUUUUCUUCGUUACUUUACUACCACAAUUUUUGGCUGUCAAGGAAGGAAGGAAGAGUUGUUUUGUUGUGUUGUAUUUUUUGAGUUAUGAAGUGAAAGCUACGCGACAACACCUACAAAUGUAGAGGAAGGAGAAGGAGAUUAUUGCAAGAAUUCAUACUCAAUGUAGCAGCUUAACUUUAAGAGUGAACUAGAAAAAGUUGUGCAAAUUUCCUAAGAAAAUAUUAGUUUUGAAGUGAAGUGAAGUUUAGAACACGGGAAAAUCAUGGGUCGUCGGAGUAGUAACAACAGCGUCGGUACCACAAAUCUCAGUCUCACCUCACCUCCACCACAACCCGAUGUGAUCUCGAUGCUUCAGAUGCAUCCUCACCCAAUGCUAGUGGAUCAUAUUGUCGAAACCAUUCUAAAUUACGUUUCUACCACGAACCUAUCCCAACUUUUAUCUUUACGUACCGUUUGUAGCCUGUGGAAUGCUUAUUGUACUAAACUACUUCAAGAUAAGUACUACUUAUCGUUUGGUGGACAUAAGUAUAAUGUGGGCCGGUUGAAAUCAUUCCUGGACGAGUUUGAGUUGGACAACAACAAGGAUGAAAAUCAAAAUAUCUGUGAAAUUAGUCACACAAAAAUCACAUUCCCCAUUCUCAGAUUUCGCCUCUUUUCCGACCUUUUCCAAGAAUGUAAUAAAUCCACCGUUUUAAAAUUCAUUUCGAAAUUCGGCCCCAUCGCGGAAUCUCUCGUCAUAUUUAAAGACAUCAACUCUGACAUUGAAUACACGGAGGAGGAAUUAUCACACUUUUCUUUUCCUCGGUUGAAGCAUCUCAUCUUCUCAGAUAGACGCCGAUCCGGAUUCUCUCAAGACGCCAACGCCCAGUCCUUCCUCUUUCAGUUGGUCUCCUCCUCGAGAAACACUCUUACCACCCUGAACAUAAAAUUUCCUCGGGAACCAAUCUACGAAAUUUUCGAGAAGGAAGAACUCAUUAUCAAAGUGUUUGAAAAGUGUCACAUGAGUCGCCUCCGUGUCCUCAAGUUGGAUAUGAACAUUACGGACAAAGUGUUGAAAAGUUUAACCCUGGUAAAUCUGCGGCUAAAAACGUUACAUUUGUCUCUUGGUGCGUCUCAAUUUUCCUCCGAGUCGCUGAAAACGCUGCUGAAUUCGCUUCGGGGGUCUUUAGAAGAUCUCAGACUGACUGAUCUUUACAGGAGAGCCUCCCUUGUCGUGGACCUACCCGAACUCAGUAAUCUCAAACAGUUUGAAAUCCAUGGGCUCGAACUACCCGCUUAUUUCGUGACAUUUCCUGAUUUUUCGUACGAGGCGAAAAUGCCGAAUUUAAAGAAAUUAAAGUUAAACACGUGGGCACCGAUUAAGGCGUGGGAAGUGUUUGUCCCGGAAGUUGGGAAGGAUAGGGAAGAGCUUGAACCGCUCCGAAACUCGGUCCAGGGAGUGACCGCGUUGUCUUUAGCGAUGAAUUUCGAUUGUCCCGUUAUUAUGAGAAGAGUGACAUCAAUGUUCCUCCGAGUGAAAGUUUUGGAGAUGCAUUUCUCGCGAAGUGCUGUCACCGCCCUGCAGGUCGUGUUCCAAAAUAUGAAUCAGUUGGAGGAACUUACGUUACAUCAAAGUUAUUUGGGAGAAAUUUCAACCAAUUGUAUCGACGAUGUUUUGACCGGGUUAGAGGUUGAGGAGUGUAAAUGGAUGUUAAAAAAGAAGGCAUAUAAGGUCGGGGAUUUAAGUGGGAUGGGGAAGAAGCCGAAUUUGUCAGAUUUAAAAAACCUGAAAAAGUUCGAUAUGAUGAGUCUGCGACAUCGGAACACGGUGACAGAUGUUUGUGGAUAUCUUCUCUUUUUGAAAAUGCCUCACCUUCGUACCCUUGACAUUGGGCGGACUCAGUUAAGUGACGCCUGCCUCCGCGACUUGGCGGUGCGAUUUCCCCACGGAAAAUUCGAAAAGUACUAUUUGACCAAGAAGACGAAAGGCUACAGCUACGGAUACGAUUCUAGCUAUUACAGAAAUUCUGCCUUCACUUCGAUAUGUGCCGUACAAUAAAAAAAACCUGCCUCAUCAGUAAGAAAACCAUAUUUUAUUAUGUGCUUAUAUUAUUUUCAACUUACAUAACUAAUAAAAAAAUCAGAGUUUUUAUUCCAAUGAUUUA